CUAAACCCCUAAUUCUUGUAUCUCUCGUCUCCUUCGAGUUUGUUUUCUUUCUUUUCUAACAAAACAGAGACUCUUCACUUCUCUUCUCCCGCCGCCACUCCCUGUCCGGUCCGCCGCACACACAGUUUACACCUUCACAGUUUACACCUUCAGGUGAUUUUGGUACCUCUUUGUUGUUUGAAGGUUAACUGAGAUGGUGAAGGGUAAGUUAAAGGAACCUGUUCUUACGGCGUUCACACCUAAUGGUGACUAUGCAGCUAUUCUGUCUGCAAAUGGGACGGCAAAAAUUUGGAAUACAAACAGUGGAGAUUUGUUAGCAGAGUGGAAGCCAUCAGAUGGAGAUCAUGAUAUUCGUUAUUCUUGCAUUGCAUGCAGUUUCACUGGGAAAAAGCGUAAAAAAGGUAAGGGACCUUGCUUAUUAGCUCUCGGAACGGAAGAUGGAAAAGUUCUCGCUGUUGAUGUUUCCACUGGUGAGAGGAAGUGGCCUACUAGUCAUCCGAUUCCCGGUGGGAUUUGCGGACUUUCAUUUGCAAAAAAGGGACAGCUUCUUUGUGUUGUUGGACAUGAUGGGAAGGCAUAUGAGUUUAAUUCCGAAACAGGAGAGCUUCUAAAGGAGUUUAAAAUCUCAAAAAAGUCCAUCUCUUCACUGGCUUUCUCACAUGAUGAAAAAUAUUUAGCUAUUUUCAGCUCUAGACUACGAGUUAUAAGUUGGGAAACUGGGAAAGAGGUUCUGAAGUGCCCUAAUGAUAUGGGAAAUAUACAUCGUGUUUCCAUAUCCAAUGAUGCAAAAUAUUUAAUUACAUCAGAUUCUGAGAGUAAACAUCUUCAAGUUUGGAGGUGUGACUUAAGUUUAGGAACUGUGAGUAGUGGUCCAACACUACCCUUGAGGCAUGCUCCAUUGGUUCUUGAUUGCCACUCCGGUGGCAAUGAAAAUGAUUUAGUUGUCUCGGCAGUUACGUCUUCAGGUGGAACUUACAUAUGGAAGAAUUUGAAUGCCUCUUCUGAAGAUCAAAUACACCGAACUAAAAUAACCUUGAAAACAGAAAAAGUUGAAAGUGAUAAGGAAAAUAGUGAAAGUUCAAAGAAAAGGUGCAGUUCCUUUAUUGCAUCCAAAUUCCAAUCCAUGGGGGAAGACGGACAGAUGCAAGCUUUGGUGACUUAUGGCUCUGUAGAUCAUCCACAGUUUACAGUCUUAAAUAUUAGUGAUUUAGGGGAGAAUGUGGUCUUAACUGUGGGAGAUGAGCUUGAUUCCAUUCAGAAGCAAGACAGCCUUUCCAAGAAAGCAGCAGUAGAAAAGGAAAGCAAAAAGUCUAAGAAAAGACAAGCAACAUCUGAUCCUGAUCUUCCAACCACAACUGACAAGGUGGAUUUGGAUCAAUGUGAGGUUGUUGACGGAGUCCUUGAUGAUGAUCCAAAUGAGCAAACAAUUGGGGAGAAACUGACUAAUCUCAAUUUACUGGAUGAAAACAAAUCCAAGAGUGACAAAGAGCAAGUUUCAUCGAAGCCUCCAAGUGCAGAUAGUGUAGAUGUUUUGCUUAAGCAAGCAUUGAAUGCUGAUGACCGUGCCCUUCUUCUGGAUUGCUUGUACACGCAAGAUGAGAAGGUUAUUAUGAACUCAGUUGCGCAAUUGAACCCAUCCAACGUCCUCAAACUUCUUAAUUCUCUUAUAUCCAUUAUUGAAUCUAGGGGUGCAAUUUUGGCAUGUGCUCUUCCAUGGCUGAAAUGUCUACUCCUACAGCAUGCAAGCGGAAUAAUGUCCCAGGAAUCUUCUUUAAAAGUUUUGAACUCUUUGUAUCAACUGAUUGAGUCUAGAGUCUCCACUUUUAAAUCUGUCUUCCAACUCUCAAGUUUCUUAGACAUCCUUUACACCGGGGUGCUUGAUGAGGAGGUAGAUGAAGUUGAAACAGUGCCAAUUAUCUAUGUGGACACGGAUGAUAGUGAAAGAGAAUCCGAGGAUGCCAUGGACACCGACAAAGAUAGCAAAGAUGGGGAACUAUCAGAUGAAGCAUUUGAUAAUCUAAGUGACGUUGAAGGUAGUGAUGGUAUGAUGGAAGAUUAAUGAUGUCGCCUGUACGUGUUUUUGGUUCUUUUCAUAACAUGUCAUACCAUUAAGUCCCAGCUAUUAGCAAUUGAUAACAUUGUAGUAGAUCUUUGAAACAUCAUAUACAUUUGCUUGUCCACAAAGCAUCACAGUUUUGCGAAAUUGAUACUAGUGUACUACAUAGUCAAUCAAGUAUUAUAACUUCUCAAUACUCUUUUAAGUGAUUUAAGUGAUUGAAUGAAAAUGUUAUCAU